AUGGCUAAAGUCCGCAAGUUUUUUGACAAGUUGAUUAUAGAACCUAGAACUCGAAGUACCAAAGAAGACAGUGGAACAUUAAACUAUAACCCUUAUAUUGACCAACCAAAUUUGUGUCGCCACCUGCAACCAAGCUUGAAUGGGAAAGGUAAAAAGAAGAAUACGGGAGGAAAGAGAAAGAGUCUGCUGUUGAGUCUACACAAUGGCCUGAUGACAACACACAAUGAUGAUGGUACACACGUUACGGACUUGGAUCAAGAGCUGUUGACAACGUCUUCUAAGCCCUAUUCGUCACUUAGGCUGGCUUCACCGCCCGUAUCACCCAAACAUUCGAUUCGACAGAAUUUCACCAAUGCCUACAAAAUCAAGCAGGAAAGAGGUUCAACAGCUAACGGAACAAAGCAGUCAAUCUCUAAUAACAACAGCAAAUCACUACCACCACCACCACCACCACCACCUGAGUCAAUGCCUUUGUUUGAGUUGCUGCCCGUUGGAUCUGCUUCUUCAAUAACUCUGAGUUUCAACUUGCCCACCGUGGCCCAACAUGAUGGUUUUUAUUCGCUUGUUAAAGUUGACAAGUUUAAAUUCUCGCAUCGUGGCACAUUGUUGAAUUUCAAAACAAGACAUGGAGCGGUCAAUGGACUGGAUAUUUAUGUGUGUGAUGAAAAAGGUCGCAAGAUUAGGAAACGAAGAAGUAGGCGGAAGAGAAGGAGCGUGAGACAACGGUUGAGCUUGAGUAGUUGCAGUCUUCGGGAGGGUGAUGAGAUGAAUGAUAAUGUCGUUGUUGGCGCUUCUAGUGGUGGCAAAGUGGUUGGCCGUAUUGGAUCUACUAGAAAUGGCACUGUCAUGAAGGAUGACGCAUCAUUUGUUUCUAUUGCUACUACUGCAACUUCGGCUACUUCAAUGACAACAUCAAUUAACGGCACAAAUGGAGCAAAUGGUAAUGUAGCAAGAUCUUUAGCAACAAAGACCGCUCCAGUCAGAAACGGUAAUACAAUGGCUAAACCUAAGCCAACAAGAAAUGGUGCUACAACCACUAAACACACUAAACCUACUACAACAACAAAAAGAAUCAUUAAUGGUGGCGCAGAUUCAACAACACACGCCAUCACAACUACACCUCAUAAUUCUCCCGUUUUGUUUGGCAGCCAAUUUGAUCCAUGUUUUAAUGCCAAUAAGUUCCGAGUCAAUAUUAUCCCCGAUAUGGCCUCGUACCAGCCAAGCUUUCUUCAGAAGCGCAAUUCUUUACGCACGUUAGAAUCGCGAGUAGCAACACCCAAUAUUGCAACCAACACCACCACCAAAGGAAGAAAUGGUAUCAAAGCACCAACUGCAUCACAGGCUACUUCAUCAACUUCGUUGGCUGAAGAUGACGCAAAAUCAACAACGACAACGUCAUUUCACCAUCAAGAAGUUGAGUUUGGUAACAAAUUUACUUGUGUUAUUGAAGAAGGAUUAAAGUCGUCUUCACUUAGUGAACAUGCAUCUAUUCGUGAUAUCAAGAUUGAGUAUGGAUUGGGCGGAGGCUCAACUAAAACAAAAGGACAGGGUAACGGUACAAGCGAUGGUGCUGGUACUAGUGCUGGUGCUCACGCCCAAACCUUCGAUUAUGAUGCAGACGCAACCGAUUUACAACUGCUGGUGCUGAUGCAAUUGCUGCGCUUUACUGUUGAUUGUGGUGACUUUGAAGAGAAGGUUCCGUUGUUAAGCACCAAGAAAGGCAAAGGAUUUGCCAAUGGCGUUGUCAGCAACGAUGCAAUCAAUGGCGCUGCAACUCAAUUUCAAGGUAAUGAAAAGUAUGACAAUAAAUGGAUCAUUCAAGUUAAAGACAGACUCCAUUAUUACUACAAUUCAAAAUUGACUAAAUUGAGACGUAUUAAGCUACAACACCAUCAAAAGAAUAAAGAACAGGGUGAAGCAGCAGGGGCAAUGAGAGAAAACAAAGACGGGGGUGCUAGGUCCACUCCUUCUGGCUUUGUUGGACCUUCAAUUGAUGUCCCAACACCAACUACUACUUCCAACGCGUCGACUUUGAAUUUGCAAUCAGGACUAUACUCGCAUGAAAACAAACGGUCGCUGAAGAUUAAUGUAGUUGACAAGACUACACCCCGUGAGAUUGUGAAUGGUGGCAAACAUGACCAGUUAAAUGUGGUUGCAUCACCAACACUAGUCGUUGAUUCUGAUGGGUUUUACGUGGCUGAUGAAACUGGAGAAGGCAAGGAUGAGGAUGAUUUAACGGGGGCUAUUUAUUUCAUCAAGAAUGAUAAUGAGAAUGCAGAAACGAGUAUUGCCAAAGAUGGAAGCACCAGGAGUCCUUCGAUGCGUAUAUCUAAAUUGCUUUACUACCAUCGACAGCAAUUGCAGAGGCAGUUCAAAUUUGCGCCUCUGCUGUUUGCUAGAGCUAAGAAUACAGUGGAUGUAGCGGUCGAAGAAGAAGCAGAAGGUGGCGCUGAGACGACAAAAGCUUUAUCAACAUCUGGUGGGCUAUUGUUACAAAAUAUGUACAUGGAAGAAUCAAUGGCGAAUAAAACCAUGAUGGUUGUGAUGCGACAAUCGCAAAAGGAGUCAUCGCAGUUGAUUGAAUUACAGUCACCUUGUGAAGUUGAUGAGUCGAGUUCUUCAAAUGAUGGUGAUGAUGAACAAAGCUUUCGCGGUUGUUUUGAGAACGAUGUUGCAUCGAGUAUUGCUAGUUUGUCACAAUGA